CCGCCGGGAUUAGAAAUCUUUCGAGCUGCAGUGACCAAGCUGAAUCAUUGCUAACGUUGACCGGGGAAUGAGUAAUUCAACGUUUGCCCGGGUAACCACGCUGUCGCUCGAGACCAUGCACGAUCAGUAGCACUGGUGGCACUGCCGCAGUCUGAAACCGUCACAGCGACAAGAAGCCUGACAGCAGUCAACACAGCUUGACAAAACCUUUUAAACUCGACAUACUUGUUAAUUCGACGCCAGCACACCAUCUUCAAUCUCAAUCAACGCUCUCCUAACUCAUUCGACCCUCUCACACGGAACACCAUGACUCUAGUUCUACCAGACGGUUACCAAUACGUGGCUGCCUCGUUGCUGUCAGCUGCCUGGGUCAUCGUAUGGCAAAUCGUACGUAUCGGCUCUGCCAGGAAGGCAGCGGGCAUUCCUUAUCCUCAACUGUAUGCGGAGAACGCUCAACUAAAAGAAAAUCCAGCUGCUCUUCGGUACAACUGUGUCCAGCGUUGCCAUCAGAACACUCUCGAGAAUAUCCCGUUGAUUCUUAUUUCCACUCUCAUAACUGGACUGAAGUAUCCUCACUUCGCUGCCACUACGAGUUUCUUCUGGGUGCUCGCUCGCAUCGCUUACACCAUUGGGUACUCCACGGGUGUGCCAGAAAAGCGCGGGGCAGGUAAUGCUGGUGGUUUAAUUGCUUUAUUAGGCUUAUUAGUAACUGCUACUGUUACCAUCGUGCAAGUCUGUUUCUUCUAGGGGUCGUGGUGCCCUUUCGAAUUGCAAGAUUCCAGUACUGCAAAUCUAUAACAUGUCAUCGUUACGUCUUGUGAAUAUAAUCGGCUCAGCUAUUUGAACCUUUCUGCUAAGGAAGUUGUCG